ACACUAAAUUAAGGAUUUAGUAGAAGUGAAAGGAGGGGAAACAGGUACACUAAAUUAAGGGUUUAGUAGAAGGGUUUAGUGGAAGUGAAAGGAGGGGAAACAGGUACACUAAAUUAAGGAUUUAGUAGAAGUGAGUGGAGGGGAAACAGGAACACUAAAUUAAGGGUUCAGUAGAAGUGAGAGGAGGGAAAACGGGUACACUAAAUUAAGGGUUUAGUAGAAGUGAGUGGAGGGGAAACAGGUACACUAAAUUAAGGAUUUAGUAGAAGUGAGGGGAGGGGAAACAGGAACACUAAAUUAAGGGUUCAGUAGAAGUGAGAGGAGGGAAAACGGGUACACUAAAUUAAGGGUUCAGUAGAAGUGAGGGGAGGGGAAACGGGUACACUAAAUUAAGGGUUUAGUAGAAGUGAGGGGAGGGGAAACGGGUACACUAAAUUAAGGGUUUAGUAGGAGAGGAGAAGAAACAGGUGCACUAAAUUAAGGCAUAAAGGGACGGAGUCCUACACUAUUAAUUCUAACCACUUUCUCGUGUUGCAGAUCCAGAGACUCACAACUGGGCCCUGGGAAAGCCAGCCAGCCAGUCAUCGGACUACCGGAAAGUGGCGGACGCUGCCCACGUCGUCGAUGGCGACUACAAUGGCGAGUACUCCGACGGCCACUGUUCACAUACAGCAUUCGGGGACAAACACCCAUGGUGGAUGGUGGACUUAGAAGACACUCUACUGGUUAAAGAAGUCACAGUAUUCAACCGUCAGGAUUGUUGUCGUGAACGACUCCACGACUUCUACGUUGAAGUUUUAAAGGACCCUAAGGAGACUUCGCCUGCCUUGUGUUAUCACCAAGUAUCAGCAGUAGAGGAGUCAGCCUCCUUUGUUUGUCCAAAACCAUUGGAGGGGCGGUACGUCCGGAUCAGGAAAGAUAACCUCUUGCAAAAAAAUGACGUCCUUACGCUGUGUGAAGUAGAGGUGAAGGCAAGGAAACCAGUCUGCCAAAAAGAAUACGACAAAAUAGUAGAAACUCAGCUGGCGAAGUGGUGCAGUAGUUAUUUCGUGAGGUCUUUAUGCCGGUUAACAUGUGCAAUUUGCCGUCAAGGAAGCCCGAACUGUGGUGAUAAACACGAUCGGCUUUGUAGAUACUGGCCACGUCGAUCAAGGCACGACGCACAGCAAGUCUUUUGUGCCGAUGCAACUAAACGACAGACCUGCUCAACAAUAUGUACCAUUGAUUUUAGAGAAGAAACCAGGUAUUAGAGGAGCAUUGCAAUUACUGCCUUAUGGGGACAUGGGAUCAGAAGGGCACCGCGACAAUUUCGAGGACAAAUCAGGACAAAUACGGGAAAUAAAGAACUUUUUAUGGAGCAUGAACGAAAAACGAAAAAUAAUAUAUAAUAUAUUAUAUUAAGAUAUAAGGAUCUAUUUUAUGAAAAGUUUUGUUCAUUUGUUGUUUUUACACACACACACACACACACACACACACACACACACACACACACAUUUCUCAAAUAUGCCUUAAAGGCCAUAAAUAGAUAAUUAUAAGAAUUAGUUACAGAGCUAAAUUUGGUGUUUAAAUGUUUGGAACAAUAAACCUUAUGUUAAUAAAUAAUGUAUGUGGCAACAAUGUAGUUAAUGUUUACCAACAAUGGCGAAAUGUGCAGAAAAACAUCAAAACUUAAUUUUCAUUUGACAGUUGGUGUACAAAAGUGCCUAAUAUUUCUAAACCUCAAUUAUAUCUUGUAUAUCUAUAUCGGAAAUUGUCUUGAUAUUAGUACAUUUAGUAUUAACAGUAUUACAGCACAGACGAAGAGCUGACGAUCGCUAUAAAAUGAAUAACUUACAGUUAAAAUGUCUGGCGGUGAAGAGUUAGUAGUGACAUACUGAAUUUUAUGAGGAUAUCGGCGGCAGAAAGAAAAACAAAACAGCAUGCAAUUAAAUAAAAUAAAAAAACACAACAAAAAACCCACAAAACAACCCCAAUACCAUUCACAACAUGUAGCUAGGUUACAGUAGACCUGGCUCACGGUGUCCUAAUUGUAAGGCUAAUUGAUGAUCCUGCAAUAAAGAAUGUCCAUUCGA